AUGCCACAUGAGACGACAGUUGAGAUGCCACAUGAGACGCCACAUGAGACGACAGAUGAGAUGCCACAUGAGAUGCCACAUGAGACGCCACAUGAGACGACAGUUGAGAUGCCACAUGAGACGCCACAUGAGACGACAGAUGAGACGAUAGUUGAGAUGCCACAUGAGAUGACAGUUGAGAUGCCACAUGAGACGACAGUUGAGACGAUAGUUGAGAUGCCACAUAAGACGGCAGUUGAGACGCCACAUGAGACGACAGUUGAGAUGCCACAUAACACGACAGUUGAGAUGCCACAUGAGACGAUAGUUGAGAUGCCACAUGAGAUGACAGAUGAGAUGCCACAUGAGACGACAGUUGAGAUGCCACAUGAGACGACAGUUGAGAUGCCACAUAACACGAUAGUUGAGAUGCCACAUGAGAUGACAGAUGAGAUGCCACAUAAGUAA